ACCCCCAAAUGCAAUCAAGAAUUGAAACAAAAGAAAACAAAUCCAAAAAUUUGCAGAGCUCUUUGCUUCUUCUAUUGUCUCUCCCAUCAGUUUCCAAUGAGCUUGUGAGUAUAGCUAUUCACCGUUGAAGUAAGGCACCCUACACAAGGUCUUUAUUUUGGAUCACCGCCAGGUCUACCACUGACUUAUGGAGACAAUGAGCGAAAAUGAACCACAAUUAGACAUCAAGGCAUCGGAAAUAGAGUAUGUUAGCUAUGGGGGUGAACAUCAUCUACCUCUUAUCAUGAACCUUGUUGAUGAAGAGCUUAGCGAGCCCUACUCCAUCUUCACUUAUCGCUAUUUUGUCUAUCUUUGGCCACAACUGUCGUUUAUGGCUUUCCAUAAGGGGAAAUGUAUAGGAACAGUGGUCUGCAAGAUGGGAGAGCAUCGCGGUACUUUCAGAGGUUACAUUGCAAUGCUUGUGGUUCUUAAGCCUUACAGAGGAAAAGGAAUUGCUACAGAACUUGUCACAAGAUCUAUCAAGGUGAUGAUGGAAUCUGGAUGUGAAGAGGUGACAUUGGAAGCAGAAGUUACAAAUAAAGGAGCACUCGCUUUGUAUGGCCGUCUUGGAUUUAUUAGAGCCAAGAGACUCUUUCGUUAUUAUUUGAACGGUGUAGAUGCUUUCCGGCUGAAGCUUUUGUUUCCGCGCUCAGAACCACAACCCUAUGGUUCCAUGGCUGCUACAGGCGAUGAGAACCAUGAGUAUCAUGAACACACACAUUGUGGAGAGAAUUCCCAUUGCCA